AUGGGCAAAGGCUUGGUCAGGAUAAGGCUUGCUAGAUUUGGGAGACGCCAUUCUCCUGUUUAUAAUAUUGUGGUUGCGAACGCACAUAAGGCCACCACUCGGAAGCCAAUCGAGGUCAUCGGAACCUAUGAUCCAAUUCCUAGUCCUUUGACCCGGGAAGAGGUGCGUGCGGGCGUUGUGCCGACGAAGGACAUUCAGCUGGAUUUCGAUCGCGCCAAGUACUGGAUUGGUGUCGGCGCGCAGCCCAGUGAGACCGUCACAAGGUUGCUGAAGAAGUGCGGUAUCCUGCCGCCAGAGUGGGGCCGCAGCUACAGCAGCACGAAGGUCGUGGAGCCGGUGAAGGAAGUUGUCGAAUGA